AUGAGGAGGGUCGACGUUGCCUUCUUGGAGUCCAUCCUGGUCGGCGGGCAAUGCGGUGCUGCAAGCAACGGCCAGCAGCAGCACCACCCCCCGGCGUUGAGCUCGUCGCCGUCGUCGGGCACGGGUUUUUUGUCCGCCUGGUCCGCCAAACAGACCCCGUUCGAGGUGCUCUACACGGCAGAGGGCUUUCGGCGGGUCAGGGACUGGUUCGGCCGCAGUGCCGGGCACGGGCUGGAGCGGCCCGCCGCCUGCUGGACCCGAGAGGACGCGGGCGAACGCAAAAAGAACGAAAGCGAAGACGACCAAGGUUGCGACGAAGAGGAGGCCGCAGACGACGGCCGGGCGGUAGAAUGCGACGACGGCUACCUUACCGAAAGGCAGUUUGUGGAGAUACUCCGCCGCCUUGCCGACUUCAACGACACCGAGGCCCUCGAGGUCUUUGACAUUUUUGGUACUACCACCCUCUCUGCUGGUUCAACGCGCGACGCCUGUUACGCUUACUGGGAGGUGUUCGCUCUCCUGUGUGACCCGCGGACCAACAGCCUCGCCUUUGAAAGAUUUUCAAAGCUGGGCUUCUUCCUUGGGGUGCCAGAGGAGCUGCUUCUCGCGCGGCUGAACGAGCACGGAGCGCACGCGUUCCUCCCGCUGGAUGCCGAGGCGUUCACGCUGCUCUACUUCGACGUGUUCGGCGCGCUCGACAACUUCCGCAAGAAGAACAAGGGCCACGCCCUCGCCACGGCCGACGGCCACCUCCCCGACGGGGGUCACAGCGGCAAGAAGAGCAAGGACUGCAUCAUCUCCUAG